CCUUCGAAGUUCAAAUUUUAGCUAUUCUCUGCAGUAUCUUCCUAGUAACUAAUGAUUUCUUACUUAACUAAUGAUUUCUCACCCCCUUCUAGGUUUGCUUCAACUAUAAGCCAUUUUGGCGUCCUUUAGCUUUUGUUUUAAGUUAUUUUACCAAUUAUCAGAUUAAUGCAAAACAAAUUGUUUUGUUCAUUUCUCAUUGGUCUUUACCAUCUGAUUAUGGCUUGGGAGUGGUGAUUGAAAGAAUUUUUAUUCAUGAAAAGGAAGAAAAAUGAUUUUCCCCCCUCUUUAAGCAUAUUGGUAAAUCUAGUACAGAGUUGUUCAACCAUUUCCUUGGAUAUUGAUAUUUCUUUGUUUUAUGAACAUGCUUUGUCUUCGUAUAUAUAAUGGUCUGUUUAUACUAAUUAAUGUGCUUUAUAAAGGUGGCUUUCAAUUUCUAUCUUGGAAUCCUAUUUGUUUUCUUUUGCAUAAUCAAUAAUCGUCCAAAAUGGGUUCAAUGCAUUGUCUUUAUUUAUUUUACUGACAUUCAGUUAGUAUAUCUACCAAAUUUCUAUGCUUUCUGCUUUUAUUUGAGCAAAGGGUAGCAAAGUGGAAAGAGGGAAAAUGGCUUCUCUCACACCAGGAGUACUGAUCAAACUUCUCAAGAAUGUGAAUUCUGAUGUGAAGAUAUGUGGAGAGCAUAGAUCAAUUUUGCUGCAGGUCAUCAGCAUUGUUCCGGCCAUCACCGGCUCAGAGUUCUGGCCAGAUCAUGGCUUCUUCAUUAAGGUUUCAGAUUCUUCACACUCCACAUAUGUUUCCCUAUCCAAGGAUGACAAUGAGCUUAUAUUAACAAAUAAAUUGCAACUUGGACAAUUCGUUUAUGUCAACAAAGUGGCGUCGGGAACUCCGGUUCCUGUUUUAGUUGGGGUUAGGCCACUCCCGGGGCGGAAUCCGUGUAUAGGGAGCCCCAAGGAUCUGAUGCAAAUGAUGGUGCCUUCUGAUAUUUCUGAGAAUUUAUUAUCACCUCAAAAAGUGAAUACCAAGCAGACUGAAUCCUCUGAGAGGAAUGAAGAAAUCCUGAGAAAGAGAUUGGUUAUUAAGGAGGAGAAAGCAGUGGUGGCUUCUAGGUACUUGCAAGGUAUUUUAGGAAGCAAUGGGAAGAGUUCAGGUGUUGAAGGUCAAGCUUCAAAUGGGAAAGUAAAUGUAAGUAGUAAUGAGAUUGAGCUACCCAAGAAGGUUGGUUCGUCGAAAGGGAAACUGGAUCCCAAAAACCAGGCAGGACCUGCUACUUCCUCUAGUAGCAAGGACGAGGCUAAAAAGAAGCAUGUAGUUUCUGGAGGAAGUAUGAAAGAUGCAUCGCCUUCUGUGAAAAAUUCAUUGCCAAAGCCAGCUCUUCCUAUUAAGAAGUUGUUUUGCUCUAACUCCCCGCAUACUUCAGGAAGUAGCAUUAAAAGAAGGAUUAUUAAUGCAAAUCCUUUCGACUUCCUUCCGACCAACCUCAUCAAACCUGCAAAGGGAGUGAUAAAAAGGAAAAAUCUGGCUUUUCUGAUAGCAGCUGAGGCUCAAAGAGAAGCAGCUGCAGCUACUGAUCUUGUCAAGGGUCUCUGCAUAUUUGCUGAUCUUCGCAAGCCAUCUCCACAUGAGAAUCACCAUAUUUCUCUAAACAAGUUCUUCACAUUAUACCAGCUCAUUAAUAUUCCAAACACAAUUAUCCAUAAGGAAAGUCUCUCCUCCCAUAUCACCGAACCUUCACUUCCAGACAAAGAUACUCCGAACAAAAAGACUUCACCACCUGAAAAAUCAAGUGCGCUAACUACUUCCAAGCUCUCUAAAGAACUUUGUGAAAAUGAAAAGCUAGAAUGGGCAACAUUUGACGGUUUUAAGGAGAUCCAGAGUGUGAGGGCCACCCUCCUGAAAGAAUCACAGUCAUGGUUUCUUAAGUUCUUAGAAAAUGCCCUUGAUACUGGAUUCCAUUCUGAUUCCCGUUCAAAGAAAGCUACAAAGGACAGAGUUGCAGGGAAUACCAAGGAAUCAGAGGACAAGAUUGCAGUAACUUUGUCACAGCUGAAACAAGCUAAUGAUUGGCUUGAUCAGCUACUGAGUGAGGGUGGUAUUGAAGAGGAAGAAGUACUGUCAACAAUCGAAAGGUUGAAGCUAAAGGUGUAUUCUUGCUUGCUUGGCCAAGUAGAAUCUGCUGCUUCUGCUCUCGAGAACCGAACAAGUUCUAUCUGAAGCUUUAUUUUCUACUUCAAUCUCUGGCUGGGACUGUCAUUAACUUGGUGUAUUCUAAGGUUUUGUUUGGGAUGGCUUUCUUGCUGCUUCUUAAAUCAGUUUUUUAGUAUAAAAUUUUUAAUUUUUUAGCUAAAAAACCGUUUUAAAAAGCAGUAAGAAAACCGUUCCAAACGAAGUCUAAGUUCUCUAUGUUCAAAUAGAUGUCUAAAAGAAGCAUACUUUAUGGCGGUUUGAUAAUGUAGAUGUGUGAAAUUAUUAUGUAAAUACUUCAAUUCUUUUGUAAAGUUGUUCUUUGGCUUA